AUGUAUUCAAGUUCUUCGGCUCCCGGCCACCCUCCGUGGCAGGCUCAAUCGUCUUACUCGUCCAACCAGAAUGCUUACAUACAAGUUCCAGCCCGUCAAACGUUUGGUGCGCAACCGCCUCUUCCUCCACCGCCGACCUACUUUCCGCCUCAGCAUUACAUGGCAUCGCCGCCUACAAACACUCCUCCGCCGCCAUUGGCCCCCCCUGCUAAGAAGAAGAUGAACUGGUCUCCGGAUGUUCGUGACUACGUCAACCGAUCAUUUGCCCAGACCACGGCACUUCCGGGAAUCACGAAGGAGCAUAUUGAAGCAAAGCUCAAAGAAAUAAUCACGGAGGCCACACAAAGCGGGAGACUCGACACAAUUAAUUGGAAAGAGCUGCCACUCCCCCAGCAGCUGAUCCAGGAGGACCGAAACCGUGCUCUUCUUGCCCCUGUACCCCCUCCAUAUUAUGUUCCCGCUGUCCCUGCCUCGGCUCCGUCUACGACCACAUAUCAGCCUCACCCUGACGCUCCCCGUAAGCGUAAAUCCACCGAGCUUUCCAAAGAGGCCGGAGAUGCCACGGCUCCACCACCUUGGAGAACAAGUGCGCAGUCAUCUGGACCACUGGCAGACCGAGUUUCCUUCGCCCCGUCUGAUAAACGGCCCAAGCUCGACAUGACCACAUCCGUAAGUAAAUCAAGUGCAAGCCUGGAAUCCCGCAGACGCCGGUUUGAGGACUCACGUGCCGGAUCCAAUUCCCCACGUACACAAGAAUCAUCACGAGGAGCUUCACCAGAGGCGAAGGUGACCGGACCGAUCGUGGGCCGCUGCCAAAAGCUUGAGAAGAAUUAUUUCAGAUUGACCUCGGCACCCAAUCCCGACGAUGUUCGGCCCCUGGAGGUCUUACGCAAGACGCUGGAACUGCUCAAAAAGAAGUGGCGCAGUGACGGCAAUUAUGUCUAUAUUUGCGACCAGUUCAAGUCAUUACGGCAAGAUUUGACCGUGCAACAUAUCAAGAACGAAUUCACCACAAGCGUUUACGAAUAUCAUGCUCGAAUCGCGUUAGAAAGGGGUGACCUGGGUGAGUAUAACCAAUGCCAGACACAGCUUCGGGAGCUGUACAAGCAGAAUCUUGGUGGUCACCCUGUGGAAUUCAAGGCAUAUCGUAUCCUCUAUUUUAUCCACACAUGCAACCAGACUGACAUGAAUGAUGUGCUCUCUGAUCUAACCCCCGCAGACAAGAAGGAACCCGCGAUCAAACAUGCCCUGGAGGUGCGCUCUGCCCUUGCUCUUGGGAACUACCACAAAUUCUUCAAGUUAUAUCUUACUGUCCCGGACAUGGGAGCGUACUUGAUGGAUAUGUUUGUAGAACGCGAGAGAUUAGCAGCACUAGCGUGUUUGUGCAAAGCGUAUAAACCCGAUGUCCGAUUGCGUUUUGUCACCGAAGAACUCGGGUUUGAAUCGGAUGAAGAAGCCUGCCAAUUCCUUCUCGAUCAUGCACCCGAAGACUCGUCGCAUCUUCUUGAAGAACGCGAAGGCGACGUUCGCUUUCUAACCGGCAAGGUCGGAUCGAUCUUCCAAAAUGCGAAAACAAGAGCCUUCGGGCUGGUCGACAUCAAGGGCCAGAUUUGA